AUGCGCCUCCGCCGAGCCGCCCGCGUUAUCCUCGUCGGAGCACCAGGCGUAGGGAAGGGCACCCAGUCUAAGAGACUUCUUGCCCGCUUUCCCCAGCUAUCGGCUAUCUCCUCUGGAGACUUGCUUCGCCACAAUGUUAAAAAUCGGACGCCUCUCGGUAUCAAGGUUGAGAAGACGAUGAAGACUGGUGGAUUGGUCUCUGAUGACCUGAUAUUGCGCUUAAUUACAAACGAGCUGGGAAAUCGUGGUUGGCUCUAUGGCGGACGACCAAAUUUUAUGACUCUUUCGUCAUCGUCCGAGGCUGCCUCUUUAGAUAGUGUAGACGCUUUUGGGUCCGCACUCGAGGUCGAUCCUCUUGCGGGGGCAAGCUUAUCUCCGCAGGCAUCCGAAGACCCCGCUGCUUCAUUUUUACUUGAUGGCUUCCCUCGUACCGCCGCACAGGCUCAACGAUUGGACGACAUUGUACCUAUUAACUGGGUAGUCUCCUUACAGACGCCAUUCGAUGUCAUUAUGGAGCGCAUAUCAUCUCGCUGGGUCCAUGAGCCGUCCGGCCGUAUUUACAAUACCACAUUUAAUUCGCCAAAAAUACCAGGCUUUGACGAUAUUACUGGAGAACCACUGGUACAACGGGCCGAUGAUACCGAGGAGGUAUAUAGGACGCGGUUUCAGAAGUUCCAGGAAACAAGCGAGCCAUUACUCGAACACUACGCUAAAAAGGGUGUUCUAUGGGAAGUCCACGGCAUGAGCAGUGAUGAGAUCAGCCCGAAACUCUACCAAGAGUUUGAAAGUCGCUUUUUAUGA